AUGGGCCUCGCUGAGGCGCGACAGCGUCAACUUCACCAUCGCCCUCGGAAAACCGCCAACGAGGGUGACCUCCGCAUCCCCGUUGUCGCUCAGCAUGUCCGUGAGUUUCUCGUUGUAGAUCUCAAUCAUGGAGAGCGUCAGCGCACACUUUGCGUCCUCCAGCGUCUUUUGCUGCACGUGCUCCAGCAUGGCGGCAAUCAUGCGGUGGGCCACGCCGCCUGUCUCGCCCUCCGCGCCCAGCAUUGUGUGCGUCUUGCCGGUGCCCGUCUGCCCGUAGACCAUCACCGUCCCGUGCAGGCCAUCCUUGACGCUCUGCAGGAUGGGCCGGCACACCGCGAAGACCUCCUCCUGCGUGGCGGUGGGGGGAAAGAUGAAGUCGGGGUCGUAGGUCUUGUUGUCAAGGAGGAUGCGGCGCCCCUGGUGGAAGUCCAACCCAACCGCAGGGCGCUCAUUCUCAAAGAGCGGACGACAUCGCACCGCCACUUUGAUGUUACUCAUUUCUGUCUACACCAAUCGCGUCCGUUGCCGUUGCUGCUCCUAACAGCGCCUCCUCGCCCUCGCCCUCGCUCUCACACACACACACCCGCAGGAACAGAGAGGCAGCCUGUGCGUCGGUGCGUGCGUAACGUAUGUAUGCCUCUACGCGUGUGCCGCUCCUCGCCCUUCCAAGGCGGGGCAGCGCAGCAGAUCUCUCCCGCCCGCGCCACAAAUGGCAAAAACCAAAAAAAAAAGAAAAGAAACAACCAAACACGGUCAAAGAAGGAGCAAAUAAAAACGAGUAGAUAA